AUGAUUUAUUUAUAUUUAAUUGGAUUCUAUUUUUUGUGGAUAAUACAAAAUUCUAUAUGUUCAAUAUGUUUAAUAUGUUCAUGUUCAGUAAACAAAGAAUUACAAAUUAAUUGUCAUGGAAAAUAUUUGAAAAAUAAUGAUAUGCUUAAUUUUGAUUUAUUAAAUAAUUAUCAAGAAUUAAAUAAGCUUAUUUUAUCAAAAAAUAAUAUAAUUGAUUUACCUAAAAAUUUUUUGAAAAAAUUAAAAUAUUUAAAAAACUUAGAUUUAUCUGAAAAUAAUAUAGAAAAAAUAUAUAUAACAAUGUUUAUAGAUUUAAAUAAUCUUGAAGAUUUAAAUCUUUCUAAGAAUGUAUUGAGAACUUUUGAUAACUCCUUAUUGGAAAUACUUCCUACAAUGAUGUCGUUAAAUUUGAGUUAUAAUUAUAUUAAUUCAAUAGAACACACAAUGAACCAAACUAUAUUAAAAAUUAAUAUGCUUGAUCUUUCUCAUAAUAAUAUUUCUAGUUUACCAAAAAAAUUCUCUGAAUUGUUAAUAAAUUUACAAUAUUUAGAUCUGUCAUUUAAUAGAAUUCAAUCUUUGCAAGAUUGUAAUCUAAUACAUCUAAAUUCUUUAAAAGUACUUUAUGUAAAUAAUAAUUUUCUUGUUACUUUAAAUAUGCAAAUAUUACCGAAAACACUAGUUAAAUUAUAUAUUGGUUAUAAUCAAAUUAUGGAAAUAAAUAAUUUAAGUCAUAUCGAAGUAUUAAGUAUAGAACAUAAUAAAAUUUCUCAAUUAUAUAACAAUUUAAUAGUAGAUAGUUUACAAUAUAUGAAUAUUAGUGGAAAUAUAUUAUCAAGUUUUCCAAAUAUUCUCUUUAAAAAUUUGAAAAUUUUGGAUAUAUCUAAUAAUAAAUUUACUUAUAUUCCUAAAGUAAUAUCUAUUAAAAAUUUUCCAUUAUUGCUCCAGCUUAAAGUUAAUAAAAAUCCUAUUCAAAACUUAACAAUUUUGUCUGAUUUAAAAUUAAAUUCAUUUGAUGCAAGUGAUAUAAAUAAAUUGAAAUCUAUAGAGAAAGAUACAUUGGCAAAUUUAAGAUCAUUAUCAAAAAAUUGUAUUAAUAUUACUAUAUCCAAUAACAAAAUGUUGACUUUUAUUCACGAAGAUGCUUUAAAACAUAUGAAUUUAUGUUCAUUAGAUUUAAGUAACAAUCAAUUUUCUUAUGUGGCACGAAAACUAAUUGUACAUAAUAAUAGUCUUUCAACGUACAAUAUUAAUUUACAAGGAAAUCCGUUUAAAUGUAAUUGUACACUACAAUGGAUGUUAAAUGAUUUAAUUCCAAAACUUUAUAUUGUUCAACCUCAUCUUUUAGAUGAUUUGAGGUGUUCUUGGCCUACUCAAAUAUCGAAUAUGAGAAUGGUACAUUGGUAUGGAUGGAAAAAUCAAGUUUUUUGUAAUACAUCAAUUAACGAAAAUCUUUCAAUAAAUGUUGCAAGUAUAAUAACCACUGAAAUAAUAAAACUUGAUUCUAGUCCUGGUUUAUUAGUUAUUGUGGGAAUAGCGACAACUGUAUUAACAAUUUUAAUACUAACAGGCAUCAUAUGGACACAAAGAAUAGCCAUAAAAAGAAGAAGAGUUAAUAGAAAAUUUUAAAAUUUAUCGUUUUUUAGUUUAAUUUAUUUUUUUCUUGUCCAAUUUCUACACAUUUUCUUUAAUUUAAAAAAUUUUUUCAACUCUUUCUAAAGU